AUGCGCCGGACGCAGCGCUUGCAACCCACCGCGCUAGCAAGUGCGCCGGCCCUCGCGCUUGCAAGUGCGCCGCCCGCCGCGCUCGCAAAUGCGCCAGACGCGGCGCUCGCAAAUGCGCUGAACGCGGCGCUUGCAAGUGCGCCGUCCGUCGUCUUGCGCUUGCAAGUGCGCCGGCCCACCGCGCGGAACGUCCGCCCCCUCCUUCGCCCAACCCCCGAGCGGGAGCCGCCAACGCGGUCUCGCUGGGGAACGCCUCCUUCGCCUCCCACCCUCGGCACCCCCCCUCGACCUGCCCCGAGUGCGAGCCGCCAACGCGGUCGCACUCGGGGUCACCUCUCGCACUCGCGCCCCGCCCCGCCCGCCUUCGACCAACCCCGAGCCCGAGCCGCCAACGCGGUCGGGCUCG